UCGCGCGGGGAUCUUCUUCCGCUUCCGCCGCCUGAGGAGGUGCAGUCAUGGACACCAGCCGCGUGCAGCCCAUCAAGCUGGCCCGCGUGACCAAAGUGCUCGGCCGGACCGGCUCGCAGGGGCAGUGCACGCAGGUGCGCGUGGAGUUCAUGGACGACACCAGUCGCUCCAUCAUCCGCAACGUGAAGGGCCCCGUCCGCGAGGGGGACGUCCUGACGCUGCUCGAGUCCGAGAGGGAGGCCCGAAGGCUGCGCUGAGGCCCGCCGGGGGAGGGAGGGGUCUUCCCUUCCCGGCCUACCAGCGAUGAGCCGGCAAAUGUGUGGAAAUAAAAGAAAAUCUGGGUUUUUGA